GACGAGUCUGGCAACGUUGGUAAGCAAACCGUAACCCGUAACCGGGUAAUCCGUAAAUUUCCGAAAGUUCUUGACUUGAACACGUGAGUGGUCACGGACGAAAUUUGUCGGUAACAUGUCGGGUAAACGGGAGAAUAUGUCAGGAAUCCCGUGCGGCAAACGGCAAAAGGUCUCGUCGCGGGAAAGAAAAACUGCAGCGGAAGGAAUAAAGAGGCACUUCAAAACUUCAUUACAGUUUAUGAAGUUUCUGCUGAGCCCAAUUAAGUUUGAAGCCUUCAAGAAGGAGUACUGGGAACAGAAACCACUGGUUCUUCAGAACAGAGAUGGUCCCAGCACGUUUUAUCCCGUAUGCUUCACAAAGGGCAUGUUUUUCCCUCUGACAAACGCAAUGGAAAUUCUGUUUGAGAGGGACAUUGCAGCAUGCAAGUACGUUGACGGAAAGAGGACAAACUUUGAGCAGAAAGGGCGUGCAACAGUGAAGAAGCUUGAGCAGCUGCUUAAGGAAAAGGGGGCCACACUGCAGGUCCAUCAGCCUCAACGGUGGAUAGAUGGCCUUUGGGAAGCACUGGAACAGAUGGAAUGCCUCUUUGGCUGCUUAGUGGGUUGCAACGCGUACAUUACACCCCCCAGGUCGCAAGGUCUCGCCCCCCACCACGAUGACGUUGAGGUGUUUGUGCUACAGCUCGAAGGGGUAAAAAGCUGGAAGUUGUACAAACCUCCCUCUGAACUGCCACGGACGUACAGCAAAGAUUUUAGUCAGGACGAAAUAGGGUCUCCUACCCACGAGUUUACGCUGCAGCCAGGUGACUUGCUUUACAUGCCGCGCGGAACCAUCCACCAAGCCCACACGCCAGACGACUCGGACUCCCAUUCGACGCACAUCACCAUAAGCACCUAUCAGGCCCACUCUGUAGGUGAAUACCUCAAGUCUGUUUUACCAGACCUAGUAGAGCAGGUUAUGGACUCCACAGUCGAACUGAGAAGAGGCCUGCCACUUGGAUUCUUUCCAGCUUGUAGGAUGGGAAAGUCAACAAUUGAAUCAGCAGUCGAGCACUUUCAAGAGCAGUUGAAGAACCUCUCGGGCGCUAUUCCUCGACCGCACGAUCUUGUCCGUGACUUCAUGUUGACGCGGCUGCCUCCAUUUCGCCUUGAACGAGGGUUGCUUUCGGAGACUCCGGAUGGAGAACCUCCCACACUGAACAGCUGCGUCACGUUGACGUUUCCGAGCCAUGUGACGUACCUGCUUGACGAAUCUGGUGAUGAGAGGGAAGCUCUACUGCUCACCUCAGUUCACAAUGACAGAGAAACUCACAUGAUGCUUUCUGACGAGCAUGACGAAAAUGAGACGGGCAUUGUGAGGUUUCCCGAGCACUUCCUGCCCGCGUUGAAGCAGAUUUGUAGAAGACGUGAUUUCAUCAAAGGGGAAGAAUUGGAUCUCCCAAAGGAUGAAGAAAAGACAGUCUUCCUAACCACUCUCUGGUCCUUGCAUCUGCUAACGGUCCAGUGAACAUCCCCAAGAAUGAGGUUUUACAUUAAUGGAUUCAUUUGCGACUUGCAAUUGCUUGUCAUUUUUUUCUUUUUCCUGUUUCAUAAAUGCCUCUGAUGAUCUCAGAGACCAUUGUUUAAGGUCGGUAUGUAUGGAGUAAAUUGUUACACAUUAUGA